AUGAGGAGCCUCGUGAAUGUCGCCGUAUAUUUAGUCGUGCUUAAUUUCUGCAUCUGCCUGAUAAGCGCCAUAGAGGAAACGAAGAACCCAAGUGUUGUGCCCACUGAUGUGCCCACUGAUGUACCCACUGAUGUGCCCACUGAUGUGCCCAUUGAUGUGUCCAUUGAUGUGCCCAUUGAUGUGCCACAGGAGAAGCCAAAUCUGAGGUACCACAGUGCGGGAGGCAAACUUGUAGGAAAAAAAAAAAAAGACAAAUUGGCCAUCGAAGAAAGUAAAUCCAAGAAGGGGCCAAAAAAUAUUAACAAAACACAAAAUGUUAAGAAAGGAAAAAAUGGCAUCCCCCCUUCUAAUGAAAAGGGCGUAGCGACCAUUGAUGAAGGGAAUCUGAGGCAUAAUGCUCCUAGUGAGGGUAACCAGAUCCUACCGAGCAAAGACAUAAAGGUGGAACCGGAAAAAGUAACAGAUGAAAAGGAAAAAGGAGAAUUAAAACAGAGGGAAUGUAAAAACAGUGGUAGUCAGAUGAAUCCAAAAUGUAAGACACAGGUAAAUGAUCACAAUGUCGGAGCGGGGAAGGGGGAGAAGGUUUCCGAGAAGGGAGAAUCGAACAAGAGUGAAAAGAGUAAGGAACAAGCAAGUGGAGCAUCAGAAAAAGGUGUAAUCAUGCCGGUAGAGGGAGAGAAAGUAAGUAAGGAAGGUGAACUGCAUGUGCCAAAUACAGAAAAGGGAAUAGAACAAGUUCAUGUGAAUGGCGCCAAUGAAGUAGGUUCUUCGAACAAGUCGAUUAAUUAUGAAAAGAACGAACCAGAAAAUUCAAACACAGAAGUAACUGAUCAAGAUGCCUUGCCAGCGGAAAUGCCACUCCUACAGGAAGAGGAAGUACCCAUCGAGUGGAACGCCAAGGGGGUAGAUGCCCCAGACCACUCGAAUGGUGUAAAACCAAUGAAAGGAUCGGAAUCGCCAACAACAUCGGAUCUUCAUAACGAAUUGGGAUCUUCCUACAUUUCGGAGGGGGAUUCCAAACGGGAAGAAGUAGAAGAAGGAAAAAUUGAAAAUGCGAAAAAUGAAAUAUCAGAAGAGGAAAAUAUAUUGCUAAGUGGGAAAGAAGAUGAGUCGGACGACGUUAUCGAAGGAGUGGAAGAAGAACAAGAGAAUGGAAUUAACCAAGAUGUGAAUAAGGAGGAUGGCUCCUCCAAAAAAGGCGUAGGAAAAUUCUUUCAUGAGUAUAUGGACUUUGCGCCUUUAGUAGAAAAAUUUAAGAAUAACAAGAAGUUACAAAAAAUGUCUAACGAUCUGGCAACUUUAGCGGUCAACGUGUAUGAUGGCUUCCUACUCUUCGUCGAGCAAGUGAAAUUUUUCGCGAACAACGUUGUGCAGAUUAUUGAAGACAUUUGA